AUGGAUUGUUUAAAAGAUUCGCCACCAAAUAAUGAGAAUAUUAUUAAUCAAAAUGUUGAAAUUGGCGAGUCAUCUUGCAGCAAAAAUUCAAUCAAUGAUUCUUUGCUUGCAAAGAAUGAUCUACCAGAGUUCUCAGACAGUCGUUUAAGGCUUAAUAAGAUAAUUGGUUUUGCAACCAAUGCUUCUAUUGAAAAACUUAAUAAGUCUGAUGCAUCUGUACCGCAUACUGAACUUACUACACAAAUUUUUGAUGAAAUGAUCAACCAAAAAAAUGGCCCAGUUAUUUAUAAGGAUAUGCUAAAAGGUAUCAACAUGGACGAUAUUGAUGUUAACUAUGUAAAAAAUGUAAUAGACAGUAUAAAAAGAGCUAGUUGUGUGGAACCUGUUCAGCCACCACCAUUACCCCCAUCGGAUCUUAUGGAUUUGGGAGCAUCAAGAAUAAAUUUAAUAUCAACCACUGAACCAAAUUCUAGUGAAGUAACAAGUGAUAAUGUUUUAUUAAGUAAAUCUUCGACCAAUAUCCAUGUACACUUGAACCCUGAAAUAAAUAAAUUGCACAAGACUGGUCCAUUAAAUGAAACUAAACAAAAGUUUAUAUCUGCUUUAAAACCAGGUACAUUAAUUGAUCUUGAAAAUUCAAAAGUAGUUCGUGCUUCAUUGCAUAUAGAGUCUCUUAGACCAGUUAUCAAAUCAAAUGAGAAAAGUACUGAAGUUAAAACAUCUCUCGUUGACAUAAGUGUCCCUCGUGAUCCAAGAAUAAGGCAUAAAACUUUAUUAACUUCUGGAAAGAAUGUUAACCCAUUUAAUACACCUGCAUCAUUAAUAUCAAAUGCGCAAUAUACUUUUUCAACUAAUACUCAAACUCCUUUUGUUCCAAAUAGAGACAAUUCAAAUACCAAGUUGUUUGAUACUAGAGCACAGGAAAUAUAUAAUGGCCAAAGUUCAUCAAGUCAUACAAAUAUUCAACCGUUAAAUCCACUAUUUUCUUCAGAACAUAAUGGAAACUCUAUUUUAUUUAAAAACAGGUCAUUGUCUUUAAACCAAAACAAACAUAAUCGUAGUGAUGAUAAAAAAAACGACUAUAGUCCAUUCAGUAAUUCUACCCAAAUGCAUGUUAAUCCAUCCCAUAUUGAGCCAUUGACCAAAUACUGUGAUCCAGUGCCAUACAAAUCUCAUAGUUAUGAAGCAUCCAAAAGAGAUCCAAGAACAUUGAAAAGUGUUAAAACAAUUGUUCAUCAUAAUUACAAAGAACAUAGAGAAGCCAAGUUCAGAGAAAAAAAUAAAGGUUAUCUAAAGAAUAAAAACCAAAUGAACCAGGACCAUGAUCAAUAUCGUAGCUUAGUCAAUGAGAAAAUGGAAAAAUGUAACAUCAUUGAUUCUUCUUAUAAUACUUUUGGACCUGUAAAUGAAACAGCCAAUAUUAAGAAAUUUAAGAUACCUAAAAUUAAACAUAAUGAAGAACUUAAUGAUAACAGUGCAGAAAGGAACUCUAAACUUAAAACAUUUGUGGAUAUUAAAAAUGAUACAGAUGUAUUAACAACUGAGAAGAAAUCCAAAAUACACUUGAAAGCUGAUUCAAUUAGAGAACAAUAUUUAGUAAAUUGUCAGAAAUCUGAAACAAAUACAAGUAAAAAUUCAAAAAAAGACCUCAAAAUAACUGAUAAAGUUAUUGAUAGUCAUACAUGUAAAACCUCAGAUACUGAAAUAACUAAAAAUAGUAGUACAGAUGGAGAUCUAAGAAAUAAAACAAUGAUGAUGAACAAUAAAUCAGAAGAAGUUAGUUGCCCAGAAACUAAUCUUGAAGAAAUUCCUGUUGACAUUCCUAGUAAGGUUAAUAAGGAAGAACUUAAUUCUAAAUCUGAACAAAAUAGCAUUUUAGUAAACCCUACCGACCGGAGUAAGCCCAAGAAACAUAAAAAGUAUUCCAAGGAAAAAGAAUUUGAAAAAAUUAUAAAAGAUGCUGCCGAGAGUUUAAAUGAUGGUGGAUGGGGUCCAAGAACCAGAACAAGGAGUUCUCUAAUGAAAAAAGAAGGCAUCAUAAAUACUAUAAAAGUAAACAACUCAAAGCCAAAAUUUGAAAAAGACAAUACAACAAAAAUUUAUAAGACAUUGGAAUCUGGUGAAUGUAGUAAGAACCUUGAUAAUGGAUCAAUUCCGAACUUGGAAAAUGUUAGUAGACCGACUGAAAUCGGACUUGACGUUAUAUCAUCUACAUCGAAGGAACAAUCAGGAGUUGUCAAUUCUACAACAACUGAAAUUGUGUGUAAAAGUCAAGAAAGAAAUGUUGUUUCUUCUAAUGAAAUUAAUUCUACAGCUGAUAAUAAUCCUAAAAUUGAUGAGAAAGCUUUAAUUGACAUUUUGAAAAAUCCUAAGUUUAUGUCUGUACUAAGUAUACUUCAAGAUGAAGACAAAAUGGAAAAACUUGAAAAAUUGUUAGAAAGUUCAGAUGUCAUUGCCAAUGAUGAUAAAUUAAAAAAAAAAGGUAUAUAUACUAAAGAACAAAUUGAAAUCAAUGAAAAAAAAAAGAUUAAAAGAAAAAUGAAGAAAGAAAAAAGGAAACUGAGAAAAAUGAAUAAAAGUGUUACUGAAGAAUCUUCUAUUGAAAAAACUAAAAAUGAAUUUUUUAAUGACAUAUCAGAUAAUAAUUUUAAAGCAGAAAAUAUAGUAAAAACCAAAAUUAAAAAUAGCCAUUCGUCAACUGAUCAACAUAAACUAAAAUCUAUCAAACGUAAAAAAUCUAAAGAAAGCUAUGGAAAUUUUGAAAUACUUAAAGAUAAAUGUAAACCGGAAUUAAAAGACUUGAAAAUUGUUAUUGCUAAGUUUGAUAAAAAUAUUAAGAGAAGUGAUAACUGUAGUUCAGAUAUUUCAAGUACAAGUAAUGAUGUACAAAUCAAUGAUAAACCAAUAAAUGUUGAAAUAACUCAAGAAAUGAAAUCAAAGAAACCUUUUUUAGGUCCAUUAAGUGUUAAAUUAGCAAGACAAAAAAUGGAAAUGGAAAAGAAUAAUUCCCAAAGUGAAUGUGAUAUUAAAAAUCCGUAUGAAUUUGAAACUAAAAAAGUUAGAAAUGGAUCAAAAUCCAUUGAUAGACUUAAUAAAAAAUUAAAAUUUGAUUCUGAAACCUUAAAUAGUUUAAUGACAGAACAACCCAUUGUUUUAAUACGGCCUCUUCAAAACCCUAAGCCAUUUGAUGAUGAAACAAACUUAAAUAAAUCAAUUAAACAGAAUUCUGAUACAUCAACUUUUAUUGUCAACAAACCAGAAAUUAAAAAGGCUAGACCGUCAGAAUUAGAUAAACUUCAUGCUGAUAUUAGUGAAAUGUUUGAUUGUGAAGCUGUAUUAAAUGCUUCAAAUAUACGACAAUGUAGAACCAAUAAACAAAUUGACUAUGUAAAUACAAAUGUAGUUAUGUCAAAGAAAAAGAAAACGUCAAAUAUUGUACCAUUAGAUUCAAAUGAUGAUCAAAACGAGUUAAACCGUAAUGUAGGAACAAAAAAUAACACAAAAAAUAAAAUAAAAAAAUCUACAGUAAAAUUAAAUACAAAGAAAAAAUUUGUUAAAAAGUCUAUGGCAAACAAAACUGCACCACCAGUAGUUGCGAAAACUGCAAUCUUAAAUAAAAAAUCCAAUAAGCAACAGGAUAAAUCAAAAAAAACAAAAAAGAGAAACAAGAAACUUAUGAAGUCUAAUCGUAAGCGAUUAAAUGUGGCAUUGUCUGAUGAUUUUGAAUCGAAUAAUGUGUUGAAAAACAAUAUAUCUACUGAAAUAACAUCUAAAAUUGUCAUAGAAAACAAAUGUAAGGAUAAAUUUUAUUUUCAAACUGCUGAUAAUUCUUUGGAAUGUAAGUUUUGUAAUUACAAGGAUAAAGGAUUGAAUAUUGUUCGCCAUUAUAAAGAUCAACAUUGCGAGGAAGAAGUUUUACCAUCCAGAUUACCCAAGAAUUGUACUGAAUCAUUAAUACAUCAAUCUUUAAAAGAAAAUUUUGGAAAUUUAAAUUCCCAAGAUUUAGAACCAAUUUUUCAUCGAUCUGUGAAUGUUAACUAUACCUGUGUUUUUUGUCAAGUUAUUUUCCAUGAUUAUUUUAAGUUCUAUGAUCAUAUUACUGGUCACACUGGAGAAUAUAGGUACAAAUGUAAAAUGUGUGAACACAUCUAUUCAAAUGAAGAUGAUUUGGAUAAACAUAUUUUAGAACACACCGACUAUGAUAAAACUGGUGGAAUUUCACAUUUAAUAUUUCCAAAUCCGAUCUGUGGUAAAUACAUUUUUGGAUAUUUAUGUUCCUUUUGUUAUUAUGUUCAACUUGAUUAUAAUAACUUAGUCAAACAUAUGGUAUCACAACAUUUUGAUGAAGAUAAAAAAUUGAAUGGGCAUUGGACAGCUAUACGUAUUAGUAUGUCUAUGGCAGAUAAAAUAUACACAGAUUCUUCAAUUGAUUUUGAUAAUUUGGUGGGAUGUUUACCUCCUAUUGAGUCUGAUCAAGUUAUUUCUAAAAGUAAAGAUAAUGAUGACCAAAAUCAACAAACAACUGUGAUGGAUUUAAACGUACUAUCAAACGAGAAAAUACAACCAAAUUCCUUUUUAUCCAUUAAAAAAGAAUCCAAUGAACAGAAUAUUGAUGAAAUUCCACAAGAGUCAAAUAUUGACAUUGUUGAAAAUCUGCCAAAAUCAGUUACUCAUGCAAAUCCUCCAGUAACAGUUUGUGACAAAGUUCUAGAGUCGGCUAAACUUCAAUUUUUACCAGAACAAGCUAAUCAAUCUCCUAAAGAAGGAACAAUAAUCACCACAGAGCCGCUUGCGAUUGAUUGUUCUAAAUACACAUUAAAAGAAAAAUCUAACAAAUGUGUCAUGGCUGGUUUAAGUUGUGAAUUGAUGAAUUCAAUAUUAUUGUUCAAAUGUUCAGUAUCAAAUUGCCGAGAAAAUCAAUUUUCUUCUGUAGUUUUUAUUGAUUUUUGCGAGCAUAUAAAUAAGAAUCAUCAAUUUGUAGUAUGGGAUGGACAUUGCGAAGCAUGUGAUCACAAACUACCGAUAGUUUCUGAACAAUAUUAUGUAAGAAAUGCGUUAGAACAUUUAGUUUCUCAUCAUUUGGUUCUAAAGAAUAAUGAACAACAUUCCAAUACUACAGCAAAUCUUGGAGGUUUAAAGGUAGAAAAUACACCAUUUGUAGAAAACUUUUUGAAAGUUCGUUGUUUGCCUGGUGAUAUAUUAUCCAUUCAUAAACUUAGCAGUUCAAGUAUUACCAAUAUAUGUGAGAUGUCUGUUAAUGAAUCACGUGAUGAGACAAAUUCCAAUACCAAAAAUGAUUUCAUAGAAAACAUACUGUUUGGAAACCCUGAACAAUCUAGCCAUAAUAUAUUACUCGGUAACCAAUGUCAAACAUCAGUGAAUCUAAACAUUAAUCAUGGUUCUAAUGACGAAAGGUUUCCAUCACAAAUUACUGUUGCUAAGUGUUUAAAAAAGGAAAAAGUAAAGACUUCUAAAAUAAACUCAAGUGCAUCUGAUGGCAGUGAUCUUAAUAUGUGGAUGAAAGUAAAAACAAAUUGUGAAAUUAUUCUUCCAAAUUCCGAAAUAUUACUUGAAGAAGGUCAACAAAUUGUUAAUAAUGGUGUGCCUGCAGAUGGUUCAAUUUGUUGUUUAAUAGACACAACAUACACAAAAGAUUAUAUUAGAAAAGUACGAGAAUUGCCGAUGAAUGUAAUGAAAACACGAUUAGCUUUUAAUGAAAUGUCUGCUCUGCCAAGACUUUUGGGUCUUUUUAAAUGUAUGGACAGAACCUGCACAAAAAUUUUUAGCUCUAAAGAAUUAUUUAAAUUACAUAUGAAAUUACAUUUUUCAAAUGCAGAAAAAAAAAAAAAAAACCAAAUUUACAAUGUUGAACAGUUUAAAAUGUGUGCCUAUUGCUUUAAAGUGUUUGAUGAUGAAGAAUCUUUGGCUAACCACAUUUCUGAAAAAUACACAUUUUGUGAAUACUUUUGCCCUCAUUGUUUUUAUCGUGCUUAUACUGCCUCUCAUGUGUUGGUUCAUCAGUCUGUAAUUCAUACCAACAUAUCCAAACAUUGUAUAAUAAAACUUGAAUACGAUGAUGGUGCUUGCAAAUAUCCAAAAGAAAUGUUAUUUGUAGUAGACUUCAAGGAGUUUGUAUUACCUUACAAAUGCAACGUAGGUUGCUGCAGUUUUUCUUGUUUUCUGCAAAACGAAUUUGUUGAGCAUUUGAAUCAAGAACAUCAACAGUGUGAUAAAUUCUGUUGUUACAUUUGUGCUGAUAAAGAUGACGGUGAAGGAUUUUUUGCACUCCAACCAAAUUUAAUGAUUACACAUUUUAAGCUUCAUAACUUAAAUAAAUAUCAAUGUAUUUUUUGCUUAUUUGGUACGGAAAUUAUUGAUUCAAUGAUAAAGCAUUUAGCGUUAGAGCAUUUUGAAUAUGAGCCUUUAUGCUUGGAGCGUUCUACGGUAUCUGAUAAUUGUGAAUCUAAAAAUAUUAGAAAUCUGAAAAUUUUAAAAUUGACAAAGGUUAUUGAUAAUGGGAUGGUAGAGAUAGUAAAUUUACCCUUGGAAGCAAUCUCUGUACCUGAAGUUUUGACACAGCGAUCUAAAAAAAGAUCUAUUGAGUGCCCUGAUGUCCUAUCAGUAGCUAUGAAAUCUGCUCGCAUUGAUGAAGGAUCUCAAGCAUCAGAUACAAUUGUUAUUACAGUUCCCGAUGGUGCACAAAUGGCAGAAAGUAGUACAUCAAUGUCGUUAGCUAUUGAUAAUGAAUUUAUAAUGAUUGAUGAUGUGAACCAAAACGAUAUGCAAGAAACAUUGAAAAUAAAUCACAUUUGGUCUGAAUCUAAUAACAAAGAAAAAGAGCCUAAAGUUUCAUCAAAUGAUGAUAUUAUUGUUAUUGAUGAUGAAGACGAUGAUUUGUCAGAGAAAGAAGAACUUAAUGAGGGUCCUACAAAACGAAUAUGUUUAGAGGUUGAAGAAUCAAUCAAUGGAUCAAAUAAGGCUAAAAGAUUGGCAUUUCCAAUGAUUGAAUUGGAUAAAUUGUUUGUUUGUAAUGAAUGUGAAAAAGUUUUCUCAAAUGGUCAAAUAUAUUUCGAACACCUUAAUGUCUGUCCUUUUUGGGAUUAUGUGGCUGGAAAAAAAUGUAUGCAUUGUGUUAAAGUAUUCAAAACUAUAUUUAACUUGACUGAACAUAUCAAGCUUCACGGACCUGAUCGUUUCAAAUGUUCUUUAUGCAAUUUAAAAAUACCAUCUCAACGAGCCAUUGCACAGCAUAUGAGAAAUAGUCAUAAAAUCAUAAAUUUAGAUUUUGUACCUGAAAUUUCUAAUUUAAACAAUUUAAAUAAAGAUACUUUUAUUGUAUUUGAAGAUAAGACAAUUGAACAGAAGAAACAAAAGAAUAGCUUAUUAACUUGUAACAAGUGUCCAUUUAAGGGUAAUACUCGUAAAAUUAUUAUUUCUCAUAUGAAGGCUGUUCAUAAUGCUGAGCAAAAUAUAGAUUGUGAAGUUAAUUUAAAUAAUAUAACGCCAGAACAACCAAAUUACACAAAUAACUCAGGAAAUUCUUUAAUGCCUCAACAGAAUGAACAACAAAAUGCAAGCUUGAAAAGAAAACGUUCCACUAAUUUUGGCAACCAGAAAGGAUCACCAAAAGCAAAACCCAUAAUUAAAAACCAAUCAAAAACUUUUUCUCCUGAUACUAUUGACAGUAUUCCAAUGUCUCAUAUAUUCUCAGAUCCGAUUAGCUGUUCAUUAUGUACAUACAGUACAAAAGUGCGGUCCAAUCUUGUUAUACAUUUGAAUGGACAUACAAAAGGACAAGAUAAUACUACUAAGGAAAUCGUUAAUCCUGUACCUUCUAUUGGCAAGUGUGAACUUAUGUUUGAUAAGAUGAUCAAUCUCUCUGCUAGUGCAUUCGAUGCCAUGAAUACUGAAAAGAUUAAAAGAGAUGAACUAGAUAAGAAAAUUGUUGAAGUAGCUCCAGAUGACAAUUUAAAUACAGAGAUAUUUCCACAGUUCAUUCCAAAAAAUAUGCGGUUUAAAUGUUCAGUAACUAGUUGUACUUAUACAGGUGUGACAGAGGAUAUGCUAAAGAAACAUAUAUCAAUUCUUCAUCCUACUCAUGAGUGUUACAUAUGUCCACAUUGUUUACCCCCAUGCAUUAUAUCUAAAUUUGUCGAACGAAAUCAAAUAGAAUUUCAUUUAAUGCACCAUGGUGCAAAUUUAUAUCGUUGUCAAUACUGUCAGUAUAUUGACUUCAAUCGAGUUGAAAUGAGAACACACAUGAGAAAUACCCACCUAUCAGAAAUAACUAGUUCAGUACAAUCCAAUAUAAUUGUAAUCAGACAAACAAUGUUAGAAGAUGAUAGUAUUGACAGAGGUAGAAGCAAAGCUCCGUCUAAUUUGCCUCAGUGGAUAUGCAAUAUAUGCUCUAAUGGUUUAAGAUAUACAGAAAAUGAGAUAACAUCACAUAUCCUCAUGGCACAUAAAGUAUCAAAUAUGUUUAAAUGUCCUAUGUGUCAAUUUGAACACGAGGAUGAUAAUGCUAAUAUAUUUGAAGAACAUUAUAGGUUGCAACAUCCGUCGGUUGCAGUAAAGUGCUUAAGAGUGUUUGAAAAGAUUUCUGAUAAAGAAGAGUUGCACAAACAAUCCAAACAUUUAUAUGGUACGGAAAACAUGCUAGAACAGCAAGCUUUAGAAAGUAUUGAACCUACACUCGUGCCUCCUACUUGUCGAGGAAUUCCUAUUGAAUCAACACCAUUGAAAACUUCCAAUAAAUCUCGUGGUAUGGCAAAGAGUCCAAAAUCGGCAACUAAGAGCUCUCCAAUUCAACCUCAUAAACAGAAAACGUUAAUAGACGUUUUCAAUAAGAAUGAUAAGUUAGGAGCAAUAUCUUCAAACGGUUACUUUGUUUGUCCUAAGUAUUGUGGAUUUGAAACUAUAAGUAUAGAACUUUUCCGUGAGCACUUAUACAAAGAAGUCAAUUAUAAAACAUGGAAAUGCUUGAUAUGUUUUGAAAUAUCUGAUUCUCCAAAGAAAAUGGCAUGGCAUGUUAAAAAACAUGGAAUUGGAAGCAAGUAUGAAAAAAUUGAAGAUGGCGAGAAAUUAAAAUGGGUUGAUCGAGUUAUUGGACAUCAACAUAUGUUAUUGACUGAGUUCAAUAAAAACAGUAAAGCAAAACAUGUAAAAAGCGUUGAGUCAAGUAAAGCUAUAAUUGUUAAUAGUAAAAGGACGUCUUAUUCUCCAACUAAAAAAAAAAAUAUUGAACCUGAGAAAAAAGCAUCUCAACCUACUCCUGAUCCUGUUUCAAAUGAUGAUAUAAUUAAUCUGGUAGAUGACUCCGAUGACGAAUAA